AUGCCAGGCAAGGCAGCAGACAGGUUCCAGCUUGGGGACUUGGUCUUCGCCAAGAUGAGGGGCUUCCCCCACUGGCCGGCCAGGAUCGCUAAGGGCGAGGGCUCUAAGAAGAAGGUUCCAGUGUUCUUCUUUGGAACCCACCAGACAGCGUUCAUACCCCCUGAAAAUAUAGUGCCCUACGUCGGGAACAAGGGCAGAUAUGGAAAAGGAGUGCGCAUCAGAGGCUUCACAGAGGGCAUGUGGGAGAUAGAGAACUCUCCCAGAGUAGGCAGCAAACCCAAGGUGGGUGCUACCCCAGUCAAAAAGGAGCAAGCAGAGAACAAGCCAGACCAGACCAAGACAUCUGCACCAGUCCGAAUGGCCACCGCCCCGAAACAGGCCCCGAAACAGGCCCCGAAAACACAAGCGAAGACUAACAAGACAGUGGCAGUGACGGCCCCGGGAAACAGGGCGGCCCCGGGAAACAGGGCGGCCCCGGGAAACAAAAAACCAUCUGCCGACGGCCAACCGGAAGCUGACACGCCGACCAACACAAGAGCUGAGAAAAGGAAAAAGUAUGAGCCUGUCCAGGGGCAGAAGACGGCCCCAGCCAGUCCAGCUGUAAGCCCACCCGGUAAAGAACAUCACCGCUAG